UCCAUAUUUUGUGACAAUUGUUGAGCACUUAGGCUCUUGUUGGGUCUACGAAACGACACUGUGAAUUAUUAAAAAUGGGCGUUUGGCGGGCUUCCCCUGCGGUCAGGGCCACAUUCAAAACCGGGCUGAUUUUCACUUUCCGUUAUAGCAAUUUACGCCCACGCACAAACCGGACGAUCUGCGGAGCUUCGCUCCUGUCGUCAUUGAUAUCUGUAUGUUUUGACCGCACCAUCAAAACAGAGAGAGAGAACGAAGAGCGAGUUUGAGAUCAUGUAAUCAGUUGCGUUUCUCUCUUCCGGCAAUUUCAAAAGCCGGUUUCCGACGUCAUCAACCUCCCGCGUGUUCAAUGUGCAAGGUGUUCUGCUCAUGUUGAUCUCGCUUGAGUCGUGGAUGGGUCAGUCCCCAGCGAAAUCUGCGAUAGUGAGGAUGUGUUUGGUGAGACUUCCCGCCACUUUUUUACCACUCAUAACCACCGUGAUAGCCUUCACCUCGAAGUUAUGUGAAAUACCCAAUGAAACCACAUCCGGUUUUUGCGUUACCGCUGAAAGGUGUCAACCUUUGUCCCAUUAAAGUUUGUACGACUCGGCGAGCACAACUUGGACACCGAGCAGGACUGUGAGACGCUGGACGACGGAUUGGAUUGCGCCGAUCCGCCGUUGGAUUUGCAGCCGGAAAAAAUAAUUCCCCAUCCGGACUAUGUGAGCAUCAGCUGGGAUAAGUACAACGAUGUGGGGCUGAUAAAGCUCGAGAAGGAUACACCCUAUACCGAUUUUAUACGACCCAUCUGUUUGCCCAGCUUCCACAACGUGUCGGAGAAUGGAUUCAUGGGAGUUCAUUUGUACGCAGCGGCAGGAUGGGGACAGACAGAUUAUUACAACACCGUCACCACCAUCCCGAGCAAGGUCAAGCUUAAGGUCAGUGUGCCCCACGUGGAGAACUCCCGCUGCCAAACGAUCUACUCCGAGUACUCGCUCCGCAUCUCGGACAGCCAGAUUUGCGCCGGCGGCCAGAAGGCGAAGGACACCUGCCGGGGCGACAGCGGCUCGCCCCUGAUGUUCUACAACCGGCAACAUGCUCGCUGGUUUGCGUACGGGAUCGUUAGCCGGGGUCCGUCCCACUGUGGGACCGAAGGGGUUCCGAGCGUCUACAGCAACAUGUUCUCCUUCGAUGACUGGGUCAGGAGUACCAUGGCUGCCAAUUAGACAGCAAAUACACGAUAGAGUGGAGUACAAUGAAUAGAAAACCCCUUUUCCGAAAGGAACGGUUGAAUGAAUCUGAAUCCGUUGUUUUUUUUUUCGCAUUUCGUUUUCACAAUAAAGGACGAAUGAA